AUUUCUUCUUCCCAUGACCUUCGAACUCGUCUUUCGAGAUAUUGUUUUGUGAUUGUGAAUGCUCGGUUGUUAAGAAAUUGCAAAACUACUAACUUGCGAUUGUGUUUUUGGGAUAUUUCCCAUGUCCGACAUGGUAAGGUCGACGACAUUGGAGAAGGAGUUUGGUGUUUGGGUAACUUAAGGUGCUUAAACUUGUUGUGUAGUUCACAAAUAAUUGCGAAAUAGUAAUGAAUAUAAAGCAAGAGCCAUGCGACUUGGCACAGACAUGUCUUGUGUGCAAUGAUGUGGCCACAGGAAAACAUUAUGGUGUAAUAUCGUGUGAAGGUUGUAAAGGUUUUUUCAAACGAAGUAUCAGGAAAGAAAUGCGCUAUACCUGUCGAGAAGAAGGAAAAUGCUCAGUAGAUAGGUUACACCGAAAUCGCUGUCGUCUUUGUCGACUAAACAAGUGCUUGAGGAUGGGAAUGAAGAGAAGCGCUGUACAAAUGGAGAGAUGUGCAUCUAGCUCACUUCAAAAUUGUACCUUGCCCUCUGUAAGUGGCUCAUUUAAAUCAAAAUUGACUGACAAAUGUGAAUUUGCUUUUGAAAUGGAAUUUCCCAAAGAUAGUAAGCUCACUAUGGAAUAUGUUUAUGAAAUUGUGACAAGACUUCUCUUUUUUUCGAUUGAUUGGGUCAAUGUAACUCAUUCGUUUAAGUCUUUGGAUAAGAAUGAUCAAGUUUUGCUUUUGCAAAGCUCCUGGACUGAUAUAUUCCUCCUUAGCUUUGUUCAGUGUGGGAAAGUUUGUAGAGUUGAGGCUACAUUGAAUGUAAUGAAAGAAAAUAUGAAAAAUUAUGACAUCGAUUCCUGUGAAGCCAACAAGUCACAAUUACCUGUAAAAGACAUUGAUAAAGUAAAAGAUCUGCUUCUUACAUUGGAUCGCCUGGAAUUAACACCUACUGAAUAUGCAUUGCUAAAGCUCAUCUGUCUUUUCAAUCCUGAUGUUACUGGUCUUAAAUGUGUUCGAGACAUUGAAAAAAUGCAAGAAAUGGCGCAGAGUGAACUUCAAGAUUAUGUUCGUGAAAGUAGCUCAACCAAUCAGUGUCGCUUUGCAAGAAUUUUGCUUCGCUUACCAGCAAUCAAGACGAUCAGUUCUAUAAGAGUGGAGGAGAUCUUUUUUUCCCCUCUCAUUGGUGAUGUGAAAAUUGAUCACAUUCUUCCUUCUAUACUUAGUAAUAAUUCGGGCAGUCUUGUAUGAAAAUAUGAUUUAUUGUUAGCGUGGGAAAAAUCGUAUGAAAUAAUUGUCUCAGAAAGCAGCUAUAUAUAAUGAUUCAAUUAAUCAGGUGACAUCAAACAAGUCGUGGAGAAACUUUUCACUCUCAAUAUUUAACUUUAAUCGAACAAAUGGAGAAGGCAAACCAAAAAACUGAUCUCUGAUUACGAGAAUCGAAACAUAAACGCGCGAACGUUGUAAGUGUAGUUUCGAUUAAAUAAUUGAAGCUAAAAAUAACUCUGCGUUGGUGUUAGCAACAUAGCGACGUGAUAACGAAAAAUCCUGCGGAGUAGAUAUUACAAAAAUCUUACUGUCGAUACUAUCAACUUCCUAUCAAUAUCAAGAAUGCCCUAUACAUAUUAUUGAUAUUUUCUAUAGGUAUAAAAAAUGCCCAUCCAAUAUAUUAUCGAAAUUCCAUUAUUAUGAUAGUCUAUAGAAAGUAUUGUAAUUCUUAUUGGUAUUAGUAGAUGGUAUUAAUAAGUUAAAUAAUAAACUCAUAAAUACAUAUCAAUGAAA